CCGGGAGCCGGGGCUUUGAUUGACACCUACCGGGAUCAAAAAUGUAACAAAGCGAGCGUGAAGGGACUUCGCUGUCAGCUAUGGACUUCUCAGGGAAGCCGGGAAGAUCCCUGUUAUUGUUCGGGACGUUUCUGUCUGCGGUCGGGAUUGCUCGUGGGGCAUCUUUUUUUGGAGAGAGCUAUGUGCAUCUCAAAAUAGCAGAGGCUUCUAGCAAGUCAUCAUUAAGUUUACGAUUUCAAACCUCAAGAUCAAGUGGACUACUUGUCCUGGUAGCAGGAGAAACAGAUUACUGGCUGGUGGAGCUCCAGGCUGGUCUUGUACAGGUGAAAUUGGAGCUUGGUUCUGGUGAAAAUAUUCUUCACUCUGAAAGAGGAGUGGAGCUGGAUGAUUUGGCGUUGCACACUUUGGAGCUACACCACAAAGCAGAUGAAGUGACCCUGACCGUUGACAACCACUACAGAACUAAUGUGACUGCGCCAGGUCAACUUCAUGAACUUAACAUUCAACAUGGUGUUUUUGUAGGAGGUACCGGUGAAUUUGAGAAACCUUACAUGAAAGGAGUUGCAAAUAACUUCCGGGGAUGCAUCGAUGAGGUGAUCUUCAACCAACAGGAUAUCUUGUCUUCUUUGAGAACGUAUUCUGGAUUUAAGACUGUUCAUGAGGUUUCAGCAGGCUGCAGUGACGAAUUCUUUGCUGAAGAUAGUGAUCCUAUCAGUUUAUUUAGUUCAAAAUCUUAUCUUGAAUUUACUACAUGGGAUACACAAGAAGAAGCAGUGUUUGAAUGCACUAUAAGCACUACUGAGCCGUUAGGUUUGCUGCUAUAUCAUGCUGGUCAACAAGGUGAUUUUAUUGCAAUGGAAAUUGCAGGAGGAUUGAUUCAAGUGGUUGUUGGGAAAGCUGGAAAGACAACACAUCUCACUUCCCUAAGUCAAGUUAAUGACAAUACUUGGCAUUAUAUUAAGCUGCAAGUUACAUCUAAGCGUCUUCAUCUCACUGUGGAUGAUGAAACUGUAAAGGCUACUCUGAGUUCUCGUAGCAAAAAUGUUAAUUUGAGGGGUCCACUGUUUAUUGGUGGCACAGAUGAAAGCAACCGUGUUGAGGUCUUGAAGAUUGGUCUUCAUUCCCUUGCAGGAAGAAAAGCAAGAGGAGGAUCCUUCAGGGGUUGUCUAAAAGAUGUCAAAACUAACUCUGAAAUCAAAAGCUUAAAAAAUGUGCUUGCCACAAAAGAUAUUUCAGCUGGGUGUGCAACAGCUCAAGUGGCAGCUCCCCCAACAGCUUCCAAUCUGCAGAGGACACUUAAACCCACAGCUAAGCCACAAGCUAAGAAAUUCCUGACUCUCAAUAAUCUAGUAGUUUCAGAAGGAGGGCAGAAAGCACUAGAGCCUAAGCACAUAGAGUUGAACCUUGAGCUUAAGGAAUUGGGUCUAAAGCAGUCACAAAUAGUAUUUAAGAUAGCAAAGCAGCCAAAACAUGGAAAUCUGAAAUUGGACUCUGAUUCAGAGCAUGAACAGAAUUCUUUCACGUUGUCCAACCUCUGGAAUGAAAAAAUAUAUUAUGUUCAUGAUGGAUCUGAACAUUCCCAUGAUCAGUUCUCAUUUUCCAUUCUUGCAAACAGUAAGGAAGCCCCAGAAUACUUGAAAGGAGAUGAGCAGUAUCUUUUUAACAUUACUGUUACUCCAACUAAUGAUGCUCCUGAAAUUGUUCUUCCAGAAGGUAAUUUAUUCACUUUGCUAGAGAAUUCCAAGAAAUGUCUUACCAACAAUGUGAUUAAGGCCAUUGAUGUUGACACAAAUUCAACAGAACUUCAGUUCUUUGUUUUAGGUAAUCUUAAUGAAAAUGUUGGAUUUUUGGAAAAUGUCCUGAAUCAUGGCACUCCAGUAAGCACAUUCUCCAACACUGAUCUGGAAGAAGGAAACAUUUAUUACGUUCACCAAGGUGUUCUCACCUCAAGGAUUGUGUUGCGUGUCAGUGAUGGUGACAGAGUGAGCAGUACUGUGGUUUUACGUAUAAUGGCAGUGCCUGUGGUUUAUAAAGUAGUCAAUAAUACAGGUCUGAUAGUCGAUCAGAGUGAUGCUGCUUUAAUCACCAACUACAAUUUGUCAGUUGAAACCAAUGCAGUUAAUCAGGAAGUAGAAAUACGUUAUAACAUUGCUAAAGCUCCUAUGUAUGGUGAAAUUCAACGGCAACAUUCUAGAGGAGCAUGGAAGCAAACCAGUUCUUUUUCUCAGCGAUCAGUAGACCGGGGCCGGGUACGAUACUUUGGCACUUUCCAUAAACUUCAGACCAGCAGUGUUACCGACAUGUUCAAAUUUAAAGUUAACGUAGGGAGCAAAACUAAUGAAGAGCUGGUUUUUCCUAUUACAGUAAACUGGGUCCAUUUCAAGCUCCUAAAAAAUAUUCCAUUAGAGAUCAAUAAAGGAAAGAAACAAGCUCUCACCUCUGAGAAUCUCCAUGCUUCUGUAAAAGGACCAAGAAUCCCUGAAAGUGGGCUAUACUACAGGUUAGUGACUAUACCUGAAAGAGGACAGCUUCUGAUGAAUAACAAAAUCUUAACACAGAAUUCUUCUUUCAGUCAGAAAGAUAUUAAUGCUCAGAUGGUGGAAUAUGAACCAGUUGGAAAGCUGCAUGAAGACAAAGAAGACUUCUUCAGCUUUCAGCUUUAUUCCAAGCAAGUAGUGUCCGAGAAGCAUAAUUUCCACCUAUAUAUUAAGGCUUAUGUUAAUUCCAUUAAUUUAACAAAUAAUGGGCUCACAUUAGUGGAGGGAGAAGGAGAGCUAAUAACAAAGACAGAAUUAUUUGCAGAAACUUUGAACACUAAAAAGUUCUUGUAUGCUGUUGUACAGAGUCCCAGAUAUGGCAAAUUGAAGCGUAUCAAUCGCUCUGAUUCAACUGAUAGUAAUGACAACAUAACAACAUUUACUAAUGAAGAUAUUCUUGGGCAUCGGCUCAUGUACGUGCAUGACAAUUCUGAGACUACACAUGAUGAGUUUGUAUUUGUAGCCACUGCUGGAGAGGUUGCAGACAUUUCAGAAUCUGACCCAAAUUCUGUGUCCAUUGUAGGGACAUUCACCAUAACCAUUCAGCUAAAAAAUGAUGAGAAGCCCAUUCGUGUUGUAGACAGAGUGUUUCAUGUGGUUAGGAAUGGUCAACGGCUGUUAACCUCUGAAGAUCUACGCUACCAUGAUCCUGAUUCGGACUUCAAUGAUGCACAACUGUUGUACACCCGGCGUGGUAUUCCAAAUGGUGACAUAGUUUUAGUGAAUGACUCCUCCAAAAAACUUUUCCAGUUUUCCCAAGAAGACCUUGAUAAGAAACGUGUUCUGUUUGUGCAUCGAGGUACUGACAGUAGCAGGUUUGUCUUGUUUGUUACUGAUGGAAAACACCACACAUCUUCGUUACUGGAAGUCAGAGCCUCUGGUCCUUACGUUCAAAUAGUCAACAAUACAGGACUUAAGGUGCAGAAGGGACAAGGAGUGUCUGUAACAACAGCUAAUUUCAGUGUGAGAACAAAUCUUUACAUCACAGAUGAAAGUGAAAUUAAUUAUAGUGUGUUUCUGUCACCAAAGCAUGGAACGCUGUAUUUGAAUGGUGUACGUACAGAAUCUUUCACACAGAGUGAUUUGAAGAUGGGUCGUGUGGUAUACCAACAUGACAACAGCAACAACCUUGUAGAUGGCUUCAAUUUCACAAUAAAAGCCAAGAAUGUACUGCUCGAUGGAGGUAUUAAUAUUCGUAUAUAUCUGGAGACUCAUCAGCAUGCUCCAAAAAUUGUGCACAACAAGAGUUUGUUGGUUGAGGAGGGGAAACCUGUGAAGAUUAGCAAAACAAAUCUUCAGGUAGUUCAUGAAGAUAAUCUGCCAUCUGAAAUAGUUUACAAAGUGAAAAUUGCACCAGCUCAUGGCUACAUUCGAAGCUUUACAGAAACAGAAGGGUAUUAUGUUGGGACUGAACAUAAGCCUAUCCAGUAUUUUACACAACAAGAUGUAAAUGAUGGCAGCAUCCAAUAUGUACAAGUGAAAGAAAAUCAGACAAAGGACAGUUUUACCGUUGAUAUUUCGAAUGGAAUAGUAGAAUUGACAGGAAUUCCAGUCCUGAUUGAUAUUAUUCCGAGGUUGAUUCCUGUGGAAGUGCAUAACUUUACAAUCAAGGAAGGUGCAUCAAAAGCACUGACAGAGGAUUUUAUAAAAAUCGCAAGCCCUCAUUUUGCUGAGCUUAAUUUUGAAUAUAUAGUACUAAAAGUGCCAAAACAUGGUCAUAUAGAAUAUUCUCAUUUUCCUGGACAUCCUCUCUUGUCAUUUAUGAGACAUCAGAUUGAGGAAGAAUUUAUUUACUAUGUUCACGAUGACAGCGAGAGUCUUCAGGAUAACUUCUCCAUAAUGGUCAAUGAUACUCAACUGAGAAAACAGAGUUUGCCUUGGACAGUUUUUAUUAAUAUUACAUCUGUGAAUGACGAGCCCCCCAUCAUCCUUACUAAAAAAGAAUUGAAAGUAUGGGUUGGCUCAGUUACAGAGAUAACAAAAAGUGAUCUAGAUGCAGAAGAUAAAGACUCGUCCCCAGAAGAAUUAGUUUAUUCUGUAACACCCCCAAGCAAUGGCUAUCUUGCUCUAAAGAUGUCACCAAAUAAGCACAUCCUCAACUUCACUCAAUUUCAUAUAAAUAAUGGCCAACUUGUCUUUGUUCAUAAUGGUGCCAUGUCAGGUGGAUUUAAUUUUCAGGUUACGGAUGGAGUGAACUUCGCUCCUCGACAGAUCUUUACCAUUAUGGCAGCGGCAUUGGUGAUAAACAUGGAGGAAAAUACCCGUUUACAAGUCUUUCCGGGAACGCUUAAAUAUAUUAACUCGGAACAUUUAAAAGCUGUAACCAAUGAUGAAAACAUUGAAAAUCAUGCCAUAAUAUACACGCUGGUUGACUUUCCAAAGCUUGGUAGAGUGGUAAAAGUUGAGCUCGACAACAUAACACAAGUGGCUAACUUCACGCAAAGCAUGGUGGAUGAGAGCAAGAUUGCAUAUGAGCACACACGCACCGAGGAUGUAGCUUGGCGUACUGAAGACUCAUUUCAAUUUGUAGUGCAUUCCUCACCAGCCUCAUUGGAACCUCAGCAUUUUCACAUCACCAUAUCAUAUGAUGUUGCUGGACGAUCCAGUUGUCUUCUUGCAAAUACAGGUGCUGUUGUUACAGAAGGUGAAAAGGUAUUAAUUGACAAAUUCAAGCUGGAUGCUUCAAACCUGAUGGCCAAACUUCCCGAGUCUAAGCAUUCACUGUAUGAAGUAUGGUAUCAAGUGAUAACUCUGCCUGUCCACGGUGUGAUUAUUGUUGGUGAGCGUAACAUUACCAAGCAGAAACCCUAUUUUUCUCAGUUUAUUGUGAAUAAAUAUGGAAUAACCUAUCUACAUGAUGAUUCAGAAAGCCUUAAGGACAAUUUUGUCUUUGCUGCAUGGUUAAACUUAAAGAGCAAAGUUGCAUCAAGGCCCUUGAAUGAGAGUGAAGUGGUGGAAGAGACGUUCAAUAUUACCAUUACUCCAAUUAAUGAUCAACCACCAGAGCUGAAAACCAAAGCCCCUGGACUAAAGGUCAAGCAGGGUUACAAGGCUGCAAUUAAUUCGAAUCAUAUAAAUGUUGUAGAUUUGGAUAAUACUCCAGAAGAAAUCAAAUACACCAUUAUCAGUGGACCCAGUAAUGGCUAUGUGGCAACAGCAAAGGAUUUGAAUAUGUCAAUCACACACUUCACUCAGGCUGACAUCAACGAUGGUAACAUUUGGUUUGUUCAAGAUGGAAGCUCAUCAUCAGGAGUUUUUUACUUCAGUGUCACUGAUGGUAAACACCGACCUUUAUACAAGUUAUUUAAUCUUGAGGUUAUACCUAUCAUCAUCACGCUUAUAAAUAACACUCAAUUAGAAAUUCAGCAGGGGCAAUUUAUUUCUACCAUCACCAAUGAACAUUUGGCUGCAAAGACUAAUGGGAAAGUUACAGUGAUACUUUAUGAAAUUACUAGGCCUCCACAGUUCGGACAUAUUUUGCUUGGAAACAAAAGUGUGACCUUAUUUGAACAGGAUGAUCUUAUAAAAGGGCUUUUGGUUUAUCAUAUGACCAAUCUCUCUGCCUCCCAAGAUAACUUUGAGUUUACGGUAAUGACUUCUGAAGGGAAUGUGACUGAGCAACUAGUUGACAUUAUAGUACGGCCUUUACUGAAAAUGGCAGAAGGCCUUAAGAUACCAUCUGGAACUACUUGUCAAGUUGGAACAGAUGUGCUUGAUGCAAGCAGAUUGGCCAACCAGACUGGAAGUGUUCCUCGGUUUGAAAUAAAACAUUUACCUACCUAUGGUAGACUUAUAAGACCAAGCCAUAUGGUAGGAGGUCACAGAGAAGUUGCAAAUAUAUUUACUCAGAAUGACAUUGAAUUAGGUCUUGUUCUACUUGAGGUUGAAGCAAAUAUGACAGGAAUUGACUAUUUGAAUGAUUCAUUUGCAUUUGUUUUGACAGCAAAAAAUGUACAACCAGCUGAGGGUGUCUUUCUGUACAGCAUUAUUCCUUUUAAUGGCUCUUUAAUGCUAAACAACACAUUAAAUGAAAACCCAUUUGUCCUCCGUCUGUUUACACCAGAUGCAGCAACUUCAGGAAGUUUAUCACUUGCAACUCAUACAGAUGUUCCCACUCCAAAACCUACUACAGCUGUGCUGUGGUGGCAAAGGAAAUCACAAUGGGGGAAUAGCAAAAGUAAUACCUCUGCCUCUGUCCUGGAUGUGACAAUGGGAGGCCUUGUCCAACAGGCCACAAUAGAACCAGUUGCUCAACUCAUUCAGUAUUUCAGCUCUCUGCAUAUAAUUCUGCCCCUCACUUUUCUAAUCCUCUUGAUCGUCAGUAUAUUUAUCAUAAUUUUGAUAAAAAAGAAAAAACCAAAGCGCAAACCUUUAAUAAUUAACCGUCCCAAUAAUGGUGAGACAAAUACUACAGGUUUACAUGCAGUAGAGAGGAGCCCAACAGUUCCUGUUGUUACUGUCACCCACCUUAAUACAGGUAACCCUUUGGUAGCAGAAAGGCAGAACCAAGCUUUCUCAGGAGCCACCAAGUCAAACAAAGCCUCAACUCUGCUUUAUAACUGUAAACAAUUUGAUCCAGAAAUGAUACAACAUUGUCGUACAACCAAUCCAACUUUAAGGCACAAUCAGUACUGGGUUUGAUAAAGCAAUUAAUUUAUUUCUAAUAGGAGAUACUGCAAAGCAAACUUUUUUUUUGUUGGAACCUAAAUUCAGUAUUCAUUUUUUCAAAAAUGUGCUCAGAACCUAAAUGUGACAGCAUAGCAUCUUUGCCAUGUACAAAAUGUAGUAAAGUGAGGUUUGAAAAAUAUUUUUUUUAAAGCCAGCUGCAUGUAAUUGCCCAGAAAGUUGGGUCAAUUUAUGCAAAUCAUGCCAAAAUGCAUUAAGUGUUCUGAAAUGUUGGUGCCUCUUUCUCGUUGAGUUUCGCCCAUCCAGAAAUUGAACAAAACUUGUUCUGGUGUGGUUCACCCAAAUACAAGUAUUGCUUCACUAUCAUAUUUUGCAUAAGUAAUGUCAUCAAUGCCCAAUCAGUAGCGAUCAGAUCAAAAGGUUUUGACCAAUCACUUUGGUUAUUAGCUCUGGAUAAAAAUAGAAUGCUGAAAAUCAUGCAUGGUCUAAAGUACAUGGCUUUCUUUAGGUUACAUUUAUCAUGACCUGCUGCUUUCGGCUUGGGGUGCAGUUAGUGUACUGCACAUGUUGCCUGGGGGGGGUGGGGGUCUCACUUGGAGACUUAUGAAACUUAGCAAAAUCCUCCAUCUCCAGAACAGCCUUUGGCAACUGGGUUGAAUUUAUAUAUUUGGCCAAUGUUCCUCAAAGUCAAUAUUUUUCAUCAGCUUUAAGGAAAUACAAAAUUCAUAUAACCUAUUGUCUGUGUAGUAACUGUGUUUUCAAGCAAAAGGCAUUGACAUAUUUUCAAUAUGAAUACAAAUAGAGCAUUUUCUGAAUGUUUUGUCAGUCCAUCAGUAUUGAGUUAUCAGAUCAGGCAGAUGCACAGCAAAAUGGAUUAACUUUACCAGCAGUAUGAAAUGUUCCACAUACAGAUGAAGUGCACAAGAAGCACACUGUAAAUAUAAUUUUACACUGUUAAAAUGUGUUGAACAUUUUAUGAGUAAGUUAACUUUUGUUUUAAGACUAAAAUUACUCUUUCAACCAUAGUUAUGAACUUUCUGUCCUCAGAAAUUUUAUUGGAUAAGUCAAGCACCUGCAUAGUGCCUAAACUGUUGUAUUCACAUUUUUUGCUAUCAUUAGUUAAAACAGAAGUUUUUCUUCAACAUUAUUUUUUGAGCAAUAGAUUUUCGUCUUCUGGCAAAAGCACAUCUGGACGUAUUUUGAAAAAGCAGAUGCUAUUUAUAUACUGAAUGAUUAUUAACUUUAUUAAACAUGUUCCUGCAACUAAAGCCUUACCAUGAUUUUUUAAUUUAGACUGGUUGAGAGUAGCCUUAUUAGAGAAGAAAAAAAUGUUAAAGCCAAAUGCAAACUUGUACUACACACACAAAAUGCUGGUGGAACUCAGCAGGCCAGGCA